AUGUCCAAAACCCAGUUGAAAAAUCUAUACACGCAUCGAACGGCUACAACAGAGCGUCCAUGUUUCAUAUGCAGCCGGUUUUCGUCCGCUGUACUUACGGCUGAUAACGGUUUAGACUGGUUCUACGUCUGUGUCAGUCAUUUGAAUGAUCGUGGCUUUGCUAAACCUGCCUUUGAGCCUGAACCAGUAGUGCAACCAACGACAACGCCACCAAAACAAGCCUCCAAAGAUAAAGGUACUAAACCCAAGAAGAAGGAGGCUGAUAAGGAGGCUGAUAAAGAGGCUGAUAAGAAGAAAGAGAAAGCAGGAGAAGAUAAAGACACAAACCCAAAGAAGAAAAAUCGCGAAGACAAAGAAAAGAAAAAGGAUAACACUACAAAACAGCAGAUGGCUACUCCCCAACCCGUUGCGACUCGACAACCGCCUAAACCGAAACAAUACAUACUGCAUCGUGAUAUUUUCUAUUUACGUGAAUCGAAGAAAAGGGAGAAAGAAACCAAAGCAUUUCUUGCUCAAUUCCCGAGUGUACCAAAGACAAGUCUUUCGUAA